GAGCCAGCCACAGUUCAAAAGUAAGAUUUGUGCACCGCUAAAACACGUCUGGAAGUUUACUCUAAGUUGGUUAAAAUACGCGGAAUGUCAGCCCGAGUGUUAAAUUGGGUUGUAUUAAGCAGAUGUCAUGUAAGGACACCGCUCCCCUAACGGGAGGAAACUCUGGAAAGUAAAUUCCUUGGUUUGCUCAGUUUCUCUCCCUGUAGUCCCUCCUCCUCCUCCUCUUCCAGCUUUCUCCUCUGCUCAGUGGUUUUUGCGGACCAUGGCGCUGCACCCGCAUCAUUUCACUGUAUACGUGGCGUCGCACAUGGUUACCUUUACAUUACUCCACUGUAUCAUAGCUGCCUCGGGAAGUGGCAUUUCAUCUGUUUUGGGUCUCUUGCCGUCUUAUGAUGCGUUGUAUUACUCCGGAGUGCGAGCGUACUUUUCAGGAGAGUGGGAGAAGGCUGCGGAGCUUCUGGAGAAAUCAGUCGUAACCAAGGAAUCACUUUUCCGAGUCCGCAGGCAAUGCCACGAUGACUGUGCGUCUGCAGGGCGAGAAACGCUGGAUAAACUUGACUCGCAGGGCGGAAGUCUGUGGGACCUGUGGGCUUUGGAUUGGGUGCAACAGAGGGCUGAGUGUUUGAGGUUUUGCAUGGGACGGUCCGUCACCCCUGCAGGACAGCUUCCUGUCUCCACAGACAUAGACUAUGAGUUUGGCACUCGUAACCCUUACAACUUCCUGCAGGUCACAUAUUAUAAAAUGGAAAAGUUACAGAAGGCAGCGUCUGCGGCUUACACCUUCUUUGUGGCCAAUCCCAGUCACCUGGAGAUGAGGAACAACAUUGAGAAGUACAGGCGGAUGGAGGGAGUGACAGAGGAGUCCUUCCAUGACAGAGAGAUUGAGAAGGAGAAACACUGGGCUCUGUAUGACUCUGCGCUCCUGUCCGAGGCCUCCUCUGACUGGGCUCAGGCAGCAGAGAAGUGGAAAGAGUGUGUGAAUGAAACGCUGCGGCAGACGGAGGAGUGCAGAGUGCAGUGUGAAGUGGCUUCCCAAGUCCUGCCUGAGGACAGGGGAGAGAACGGAGGGAGCGGCAUGUACGAGAAGGCUGCAGCUCUCUCCCUCUCCCUGCUCUCAUGCCAGCAGGCUUGUGUGACCCAGGUGGCCACACGACCGGGGAGGAUUUCUGCCCAGGAGGACUUCCUGCCCACACAGCUGGAACAUCUGCACAUCGCACAGUUUAAAGCUGGUGAUAUUGCUGGAGCCGUGCAGACGCUUCGCUCUCUUCUACUGUUUUACCCCUCAGACACAGACUCCCUGGGCAACCUGCAGCUCUACUAUGAGACACUAGGGGGAGACACAGAGUCACAGGGCACACAGCCUGCUCAGCAAAUUGCCACAUACGUGAGUCGCUCUCUGCAGGAGAAGAAGCUACUCUAUUUUGGUGUGGAGAAUCUGGACUUCAGUUUCAUUGAUCCAGAUCUGUGGACUCCAGAAGAUGUUGUCCCUGAAUCACUGAAGGAGACUUGGAGGGCUGAAAAAGAGAAACAGAAUGAGAAAAUGAAGCAGGGGGAGACGGAGGUGCAGACGGAUGACAGUGGGUUUUACGCAGGGGGUCCCAUCCCACAAGUUGGCGUGACCAUCACCAUGGAUGACGAGGCUUUGAACGGGACCAAUCGUGUCGUGUUAGAUGGAGUAAUGACUCAGAGGGAGUGUGACACAAUACUGCAGUUAGCAACAGCAGUGGCAUCAGCUGGAGAUGGUUAUCGAGGGCGACGGUCGCCACACACACCUCAUGAAAAGUUUGAGGGCCUGACAGUCUUUAGGGCUGUAAAGUUGGCGCAGGAUGGCAUGGUGAACCAGUCUGAUGCCAGGCUGUUACACGAGCUGGGAGAGAGGGUCAGAGUCCUUCUCCACUCCUACUUCAGGAGCCCCUCUGGACUCUUCUUCUCCUUCACACACCUGGUCUGUCGCAGUGCCAUCACAGGAGACCAGGAGGGCAGGUUGGACCUGUCACACCCCGUCCAUGUUGACAACUGCCUCCUGGAACCGGACACAAGGCAGUGCUGGAGGGAACCUCCAGCCUUCACGCACAGAGACCUCAGUGCUGUUCUCUACCUGAACGAUGACUUUGACGGUGGAGAAUUGUUUUUCACUGACAUGGAUGCCAAGACUGUGACAGCCCAGGUAAAACCCAGCUGUGGCCGUCUGGUUGGCUUCUCCUCAGGUCCAGUGAACCCUCAUGGAGUCAGUGCAGUGACCGCAGGCCGGAGGUGUGCUCUGGCCCUUUGGUUCACCAAGGAGAAGCUGCACAGGGACAUGGAGCGAGAGGAGGCUGAAGCUUUGUGGGAUGCAGAUGGAAAAGGUUUGCUAAAACCUCAGGAGGACAAAGAGGGCAGCGCCACCCCCGGCCGCAGCAGUCGAAGCAGUCGAAGCAGCCAAGCAGAGAAGGAGAAGAGCAGAGGGAGAGGCAGGGUGACGGGAGGCAAGGAUGAGCUGUGAGCGCUGUCCUCCAGUGGAGUGGACCACCAUUCAUACUGUGUAUACACAUAUGACUUGGAGUGAAUCAAACUGUCUCCUCCUCUCUCUCCUGUGUAAGUCGGUGCUUUUGUGUCCAUAGCUGUGUUUGCUUUUUUGUCUGCUAGGAGGGAAACGGUUUUGCACCCUCUAAAUAAGAAGAGGAACCCGACUCUUGAUCCAUGUGGCAGGACUAAAUGGAAAGGGGAGGGUGGAAGAAAAGCAAAAGAGAGGCUUUGAAAUGUAUUAAGCAAUCACCUCACACCGUGUGGCUGCCUGCUGAAUAAAACCAAGAACCAGGAGAGACCA